CAUUCCAUCUUGGCAAGUAUUUGUUUGAGUCAUACUGGGUUUGGUUCAUAUCACUCUGCUUAGUAAUGUCUUUUAAUCUGCCAUCUUUACUGGUGCAAUUGCUUUGGGUGUGAAAAACAGACAAAAUCCCUUGUGUUUAAGCCGGGAUUACAGGUUAGAAUACCAAACCUUCUACACCUUUAGUGACUAAACUGAUACUGUUUAAAAUUAGAAAGUAAAAUGAAGCCGACACAUUCAUCCCAAAUUCAACCAGUAAUUGUGCAGUGGAUUAAAAUGAAAUCCCAGUGCAGAUUUUCAGGUGCUAACGUAAAUGUAUAACAAAAACAUUUAGCCUGGUGGAAAGUGGGUCAUUUUUGAUUUAAAGGCUAAAUAUUAACACUGGGUUUUGCAAAAAGGCAACAGGAAUGCUGCUAUUGAUAGCUAAUGAUAGAUGAUUACCUAUUUUGGCAUGAUGAGCAAGCAGAAGGCACAACCAUUGUGAGGAAAGUCUUCUAACAAUGCAAGCAAACAUUUCAAUGCCAUUUCAGUAGCCUCCACACGAUUUAAUUCGGUUUAAUGAUCGAUUUAGUUUAUGGUGUAAAAUAAAGGUUCAUUUCUCAUAAAUUAUGACGUUAUUUAGGUUCCUGCCCCUUUAAAGAAAAAGAACACCCUUCUGUCUCGCAGUGUUUUAUAGGUGGCGCGCAUCCACACGCGCUCACAGACGGUCUGUGUGAUGGACGUGAGGAAGCGCAGUUUGAUUUCUUCUGACUUUUGACUUAUUGAAAGAUUGAUUCCGCCCAGAAGCCGAGCGAAACAACUUUUCUCAUUUACUAAGGAAAUUGGAUUGGCUAACAGCACCAUUUCAACACGACCAAAGGAAUUUAAAGAACAUUUAUUAUCCAAAACAUGUUUCUCUGAACGGGCGCAGCUGGUGGCCUGCAGGUCUGAAAGAAUGGCCUGCUCUGGUUCUGGUUGGACGAGAGCCCAGCUCUAAGAUGUCUGGCCUCUGGUACCUGUGUCAGUGAUGAAGAGCACCUCCACCAUCUUCCUCCUCACUCUAUCUGUCUUGUGCAGAGCUGAGAGUGUGAGUGGGAAGACGGUGAAGGACACAGUGGAAGAAUGGAACAGGUAUCGGAAUGAGUGCAUCAUGAAGAUAAGCUCACAACCCACACCCUCGGGUUUGUUUUGCAAAAGCAUGUUUGAUAUGUACGCUUGUUGGACAGAUGGAGUUCCCAACACAACUGUGAAAGUGCCGUGCCCUUGGUAUCUGCCUUGGUAUGAUCAAGUGCGUAAUGGGUUUGUGUCACGGGAAUGUGGUCCAGAUGGCCAGUGGCUCACUGUCAACCACAGCCGCACAUGGAGAGACCACUCACAAUGCAAUGCAGAUGGCAGCCAGCAGAUAGCACAGGAGAAUCAGAUGAUGAUCUUGGCCUAUUUCAGGGUGAUGUACACAGUUGGUUACUCUCUGUCCCUGGCCAGCCUGUCUUUAGCUCUCGUCAUACUUCUCAUAUUCAGGAAGCUGCGUUGCACACGUAAUUACAUCCACACCAACCUGUUUGCCUCAUUUAUCCUGCGAGCUGUGUCCAUUCUCACGAGAGACGCACUUCUCAUGAUAGAUGCUCCUGAGUUCAGGGACAACAAAGAUGUUUCAAUCGCUCUGAGUGACGAGGUGAUGUCAGGCUGCCGUGUGGCUCAGGUCCUGAUGCAGUACUGUGUUGGGGCCAACUACUAUUGGCUACUGGUAGAAGGUCUAUAUCUUCACAACCUGCUGGUGCUAAUGGUCUUCUCAGAGAACAGUUACUUCUGUGUGUACCUCUUCAUCGGCUGGGGUACACCUGUGCUUUUUGUGGUGCCUUGGAUAGUUGUUCGUUAUUUAUAUGAGAACACUAGGUGCUGGGAGAUCAACGAAAAUAUGGCAUAUUGGUGGAUCAUCCGAACACCAAUCCUUUUGGCAAUCUUAGUGAACUUUUUCAUAUUUAUAAGGAUUAUUCUGAUCCUCAUCUCCAAAUUAAAAGCACAUCAGAUGAGAUAUACAGAUUAUAAAUUUAGGUUAGCCAAGUCCACGCUGACCCUCAUUCCCCUGUUAGGGAUUCACGAGGUGGUGUUUGCUGUGAUGACAGAGGAACAGACUGAGGGCGUACUUCGCAAUGUCAACCUGUUCUUUGAACUCUUCUUCAAUUCCUUUCAGGGUUUUCUGGUGGCCAUACUAUACUGCUUUGUUAAUAAAGAGGUACAGUCAGAAAUCAAAAAGAAAUGGCAGCGAUGGAGAUUGGGAAUAACCUUUUUGGAUGACCAGCGUAAUACAGGUAGCAACACACAGCAGGGAGGUGCCAGUCCUCUGUGCCAACAUGAGCCGGCCUGCUCUCCCGAGUGCCCUCUGGACAGUGGCUGCCAACUGUGCUCAGACCCAUCACCCACAGACACCCACCUGACCGUUCAACAACACUGCCAUCCUGGAGCAAAGAACGGCAAGGCAUACUGCUAUAUCUCUGCCCGAAAACAGGUUAUUAACGGAUUGGAUGUGCCUGCUUUACCCCGAUGUGCCACAGAGGGCGAAAUGAUGUUUUCUGAGAGCUACUGCUGAAUGAUGUGGACUGUGCUGGCCACUGAUUGGAAAACAAAGCUGGAUAUCAUGGAGUGUCUUGGAAUAUGAGAUCUCAUUGUUUUUGUCAAAAGGAUAUUCCUACAUCACGUUUCUCACAUUAUGCCUGACAAACCUCUUUUUGUUUUUCUCAUUUUAUAUCUGCCACUAUACCUCAGUUUGGACACAAGAUGAAUUCUUUUAUGCACCAACAUUGUGGAUCAACCGUCUUCAUUGCCACAAAGCCAUUCGUAUUUUUUCAUCAUUAGGAUUACUGUAUCUGUUGAAAGGUCAAAGGUAAGGCACACAAACAUUGCCUAGCCUGCAAAAUCAACAAAAUUACCAUCAAUAUAGUCAUCCCAAAAAAGUAUUUGGACCAUUAAGCCACACAUCCACUACAAUUAAUUUUUUUUUUUUUUUUUUUAAAGAAAUUCAUUCACAUUUAUUUAUCAUGGAUGCCUUAAAUUGAUCAAAUGUUUCAGAAUUUUACAUGGUUACAAACAAAUAGAUUUCUAUUUCAAUUAAAUGCUCUUAUCAAAGAAUCCUUAAAACAUGUAUCACUGUUUCAACAAUAAUAUUAAGUGGCACAACUGUUUUCAACAUUGAUAAUAAUAAGACAUUUUAUGAGCAGCAACAGCAAAUCAUCAUAAUAGAAUAAUUUCUGAAGGAUUAUGUAACACUGAAGACUGCUGAAAAUUCAGGAAUAAAUUCCAUUUUAAAAUAUAUUAAAAUUGUUUAUUAUUAUUAUUAUUAUUAUUAUUGUAACAAUAUUUCACAAUAUUACUGUUUUUACUGUAUUUUUGAUCAAAAAAAUGUAGGUCUUGGUUUGAUGUUUAUCUAAUGCAGUCAAUUUUAUGUGCAGGUUAAAUACUUUUGGGGGUGAUUGUAUAUUCAUACAGAAUAAGUACCAAUAAUAAGCUUAAUUACACUUAUAAAAUGUCCAUAAACAGCAAAUUAGCACUAGACUGAAGUUCCCCUGACAUUAUUUUUAACGCACAUAUUCCCUCUUAUAUGAUAAGUGCCUCUGGACUGGAGGCAUUAAAUGUCUACUAUGAAGGUUUUGUAUAGCUCUUAUGUAACCUGCUCAACCAGGACGGCGUGCUCUAGACAUUCUCUUAAACAGCAGGAAAUCGAAUUCCUUUUUUUAUGCUUCUACAUUCCACUCAAUGGCUUAAUCCUUUUUCAUUCAUUGCCAUGACAGAAACCAACUGUGAACUGUAUGUCUGAAAGGAUUAGUAGGUAAUUUAGUUAUUAGGCAACAGUAAUAACAUUAUCAAACAUGGAAACAGUUUGUUCCCAAAACUUUAUGAAGGCUUAAUUUAGUGUAUCCCCUCUUUUUUUUUUUUUUAACCACUCACAAGGACUGAGAUCUAUUCUUGCUCUUUAUUUGUUACUAUCACUUCACUGGACACUUUUAUUUCUGUUACUAUGAUGGAAGAGUGCAAUAAUAAUAGUGAUAUCUCUGUAUGUUGUACCUGAUAUAUUAUGUCUAAAUUGUAUGCAUGACGAUGCAUCAAGCGGAGGUCGUUAUUCUAUUGCUUUCACAUUGAGGUUAUUCCACGGAUUCAUUGACAUCUAAAGCCACCUAGUGGACGUAGUGAGAACUGCACAGUCUUUUUUUAUCAUAUUGUCAGUGCUGAAUGACAUUAAGGGAUUAGUCCACUUUGAAAUACACUUUUCCUGAUAAAUUUACUCACCUCCAUGUCAUCCAAGAUGUUCAUGUCUU